GAAAUGAUCUUUUUCUAGUUGCAGUACAUGAACUGGGACAUGCUCUGGGCUUGGAGCACUCUAACGAUCCCACUGCAAUCAUGGCUCCGUUUUACCAGUACAUGGAAACUGACAACUUCAAACUACCUAAUGAUGAUUUACAGGGCAUCCAGAAGAUAUAUGGUCCACCUGACAGAAUCCCACCACCAACAAGACCUCUGCCAACAGUGCCCCCACAUCGUUCAAUCCCUCCAGUAGACCCACGGAAGAAUGACAGGCAACCUAAACCUCCUCGGCCACCCACUGGUGACAAACCUUCCUAUCCUGGAGCCAAGCCUAACAUCUGUGAUGGGAACUUCAACACUCUGGCUAUUCUUCGCCGGGAAAUGUUUGUUUUCAAG